UGACGUUUGUUUUGUGGAACAUGGUGACUGAUUGACAAGCACUUUUGUUUGUUGAUUUACGAUUAUUUUUAACAACAAAAUCGAGUAUCUACACAGCACUUUAUCUGACCGUGAAAGGGUGUUUUUGUAUAGUAAUGAUAAUUUGAACCAUUGUAGAACUACCUACUUUACUUAAACUAAGUAAUAAGUGAAGAAACCAGUAAUCAUGACCGUGAAUAACACUAUAGCUCAUCAACGCCUAAUCCUCAGUGGAGAUAGAGAAAGGUUCAAAGAAUUAUUGAGACGACGACUUAUUGAAUGUGGUUGGCGCGACCAAGUGAGGAUGCUUUGCAGAGACGUAGUAAAAGAAAAUGACACUACCAAUGUUACUUUUGAUAUGUUGGUUACAAAAGUAACACCACGGGCUCGAGCUUUGGUUCCGGACACAGUCAAAAAGGAACUUCUCCAGAAAAUUAAAACUCACCUUCUAACUCAAAAAGAUCAAUAAUUUAUUUAAAAAAGAACAACCAUUUAUCAGUUUUCUGUCUUAGGAUUCUUGGGAGCUUUAAUUAAAACUUAAUUUACAACCAA